UACUCCAAAAGAUCCAGCUGAUCCAAUUUGUCUGUACGUAGCUGCUAGCGAGCAAUGCCGACGGCAACGCACCUGGACUUCCAGGCGGCGCGGGGGGUGCCGGAGACGCACGAGUGGCCGGUCCUCCACGACCACCCGGUAGUGGACGGCGGCGCCGGCGCCGGGGAAGACGAGGUCCCCGUGGUCGACCUCCGCGACGCCGACCCUGCCAAGGUGGCGGCGGCCAUGGCGCGCGCGGCGGAGCAGUGGGGCGCGUUCCUGCUGCUGGGCCACGGGGUUCCCGCGGAUCUCGUGGCGCGCGUGGAGGAGCGGAUUGAGGCCAUGUUCGCGCUGCCGGCGUCGGAGAAGACGCGCGCCGUGCGUGGGCGCGGCGAGUCCUGCGGCUACGGGUCGCCGCCCAUCUCCGGCUUCUUCGACAAGUCCAUGUGGUCCGAGGGAUACACUUUCGCCCCUGCCAAUGUCCGCCUUGACCUCCUCAAGCUCUGGCCCGACGCCGGCCCCCAUUACCUCCUCUUCUGUGAAGUGAUGGAGGAGUUCCACAAGGGGAUGUUUGCGCUGGCCCACAAGCUGCUGGGCCUGUUUCUCUCGGCGCUGGGGCUCACUGCCGCCGACUGCGCUGCCGCCGCCAAGAUCGCGGACACCAUGGCCGCCAGCAUGCACCUCAACUGGUACCCAAAGUGCCCGGACCCGAAGCGGGCUGUGGGCCUGAUCGCGCACACGGACUCGGGCUACUUCACCUUCGUGCUGCAGAGCAUGGUUCCCGGGCUGCAGCUCUUCCGCAGAGAACCCGACCGGUGGGUGGCCGUGCCGGCGAUGCCGGGCGCCUUCGUCAUCAAUGUCGGCGAUCUCUUCAACAUUGUCACCAACGGACGCUUCCACAACGUGUUCCACCGUGCUGUUGUUAGUCGCGAGAGUCACCGGGUCUCGCUGGGCUACUUCCUCGGCCCGCCGGCCCAGGCCGUGGUCGCCCCGCUCGAUGAGGCCCUGACGCUGGACAGGCCCAGGCCUGCUUACCGUCCUGUUGUCUGGCGUGAGUACAUGGGCCUCCGGGAGAAGGCCUUGUUCGUUGGGGAAUCCGCGCUCAAGAUGAUCGCUGUCGCCAAGGAUGAUGCACCACAGACGCCGAAGUUGCAUGAGACAAGUUAAAAAUUAAUCGGUGAAACAAUCGGAGGGUUGAUAGUGCUACGUAUCGGAGAAAUUUGUUAACGGCAGUGGAUUCGAUGAGCUUGAUCGGGAAGCUAGCUAGAUGAGUGCGGGAGAGAGAGGAGGAAAGAUGUGGUUGGUGCUUGAAUAAGGUU